CCUAUAGUUUUCUAUAUAAAUACGUAACUAGACAUUUAGAGUUGAGAAAGACAAAUUACAAGAAAAGUCGUAAAUCAAUUGAAGGCAAAGUAAUUAAACUAUGUCAAGGUAUUUUCAACUUUCGAAAGCUUUGGUUAUUCUACUAUGUCUUAAUAUUGUAGUGCACACAAAACAAGCACAACUACAACCAUGGUCACCCUUAGAUGCACCAAAAGAAAUCCUCCAAAUGCUUAGUCGUGACCCCGUGACCAUUUCACUAGCCUCAACCGAUUUUGGCCACAUAAUUCACCAAAACCCUUUUGCAAUUUUUGCACCAUCUUCUAUUAAUGACAUAUCUAAAUUGAUCAAAUUCUCAAAUUCACUUCCUAUCCCUUUUACUAUAGCAGCAAGAGGGCAAGGACAUUCGGUUAAUGGACAAUCCAUGACAAAUGAUGGGAUUGUGGUGAACAUGACUGAAUUGAAUAAUGAGCUUAGAAAUAAUGGGAAUGGAAUUGUUGUGUUUGAUAAAUAUGUAGAUGUUGGUGGUGGACAACGUUGGAUUGAUGUGUUGCAUGCAAGCCUUGAAAAAGGACUUACACCACUUUCUUGGACUGAUUAUUUGUAUUUAUCGGUUGGUGGAACUCUCUCUAAUGCUGGUAUUAGUGGACAAACCUUCCGAUUUGGUCCUCAAAUUUCCAAUGUUCAUGAAUUGGAUGUUGUUACUGGGAAAGGAGACUUGGUGACUUGUUCUACGGAGAAGAACUCAGAAUUAUUUUAUGCGGUUCUUGGAGGUCUAGGCCAAUUUGGGAUUAUAACCCGAGCAAGAAUAGCUCUUGGACCUGCACCCAAGAGGGUAAAGUGGCUCCGUUUACUUUACAACGACUUCUCUGCAUUUUCUGGAGACCAAGAACAUUUAAUCUCAUUGAAUGGAAUAGAUGAAACUAAUGCACCCAAUUAUGUAGAAGGUUUUUUGCUUCUAAAUCAGCCACCACUAGACCUAUCCUUUUUUCCAGAAAUUGAUCAACCUCGCAUAACUUCCUUGGUAACUCAAUAUGGCAUAAUCUACAUCGUUGAGCUUGCCAAAUAUUACGACGAAAACUCUCAAGAUCAUGUUGAUCAGGAAAUUGAAAUUUUGCUUCAGGGAUUAAAGUUCGUCCCUACUUUUAAAUUCGAAAAAGACGUUUCGUACGAAGAAUUUCUAGACAGAGUUCACACUGAUGAGUUAACACUAAGGGCACAAGGGCUUUGGAAUAUCCCACAUCCUUGGUUAGACCUAUUUGUUCCAGGAUCUAGAAUGUCUGAAUUUAAUGAAGGUGUGUUGAAGGGUAUUAUCCUUAAACAAAACAUUACCGCAGGACUUGUAAUAGUGUACCCAAUGAACCGAACAAAGUGGGAUGAUAAGAUGUCAGCUGUUACACCCAAUGAAGAAAUUUUCUACGUUGUGGACUUUUUGCGUGCAACUGGGUUUGAUAAUUUGGAGGCAUAUAAGUCUCAAAACCAACAAAUAUUGCAAUUCUGUAAGGAUGUUGGUAUAGAAAUCAAACAUUAUCUUCCCCUAAACAGAACACAUGAAGAAUGGGUGGAACAAUAUGGCCUCAAAUGGAAUGCUUUUGAGAAAAGAAAAAAUCAAUUUGAUCCAAAUAAAAUAUUGUCACCUGGGCAAGGGAUUUUCAACUAAAUAAAAAAAAGUUAUAUGUGUCUACUUUUCUAUCUUUCAACUAAUCUUUUUCCUUUUAAUUUACUGUAUAGAAUCAAUUAAACAAUUUACCAGUAUGUUUUCUUGUCAUAAUUAAAUAUUUGUACAUUUGUAUAAUCUGUAACAUAAGUUAUUUAACUAGAUUCAAUAAAAAAGUACCUAUUUAAAUUGA